AUGAUCUUGUUGACACACGUGACCGAGGAUGAUGAAAGAAGGUGGCCGACGCAAAUGGCACGCACUCGUGACAGUUUCGUGCAUGGAAGAAGGAACAUGGUGGUCGAAAAAAGAGGAACAGUCGAGCACACGAGCACGGGUACCCUUUGUAAGUUCGCGCACGAGGUUCGCGUCGUUCCAAGAGGACCACCACACCGCCCACGUCGUCGUCGAUUAUCGGGAGGUAUACGUGAAAGAUCCUGCAAUACGGUAGUCGGUAGGCGGUAUGGCCUACCAACAGGCGCAUACAGGUAUACGCAAGCUCUUUGUCGGACGGAGGUGGAGUACGGGUUAUAUUGGCGCCACCUCCUGCACGGUUAA